AAGCGAUUUAAGUUGUGCUGACAAAGAAUAUAUAACAAUUAAAUCUGAGAAGAGAAAAUGGAAGGAAACUAUAAAGGACAAGCAAAUAUAUUUAAACCAGGUGAUAGUAAAGUAGAAGAUGAACAGAAAACUCAAGAAAAAGGUAGAAAGUCAAGGAAGAAAAAGAUUUCACAAAAGCAGUGGGAAAGGUGGGUCAGAUAUAGGAAUAAGAAGAAGUCAAAGUGUUUGCAAAAUGUAACCACGAAUCAGGGAAAUUUGCAGUUCUAUCUGAUAUGGCCGCCUCCAAAUGUCACCACACAGAAAGUUGUUAAUGAUGAAAGUCUUAUCAACAAAAGAAAAGAUGCUGUGAAAUUAAAUCCAGAAGCAGAAGAAUUUAUCCCUCGAGGAAAGUUGAACGAACGUCAGAGGCCAGAUGGAAACGGUAGUGUUUGUAAUGAGGAUGAAGACAUGUUUGGCAUUAUAUCAGUUUAUGCUAACAGUGAGUUACACAGCAUGAGUGACAAGAUGUAUGUUCAGAUGGAAGAUAAGCACACUUUGGAAGACUAUGGAUACAUGUAUUUUUCAAUAAAAAACUUGUAACAAAAAUUUCAAAUAACCAUUCAUUCUAAUUCUACCGAUUGAACUAUCUUCUGUUUUUUUAUAACAAAAUGUGAGUAUUUGUUGAUAAAUAGAAUAUAAUGAAUUUGGAUUUCUGUUUUUAUCUUAUUGUAUUUUCGGGUUUCUCGUAGAUUUUCAAAAGAGUAGCGACAAUGAGCAUUAAUCUGGAUUCACAUAUAGUGCAAACGGUCAUUUGCUAACCUUCUUUCUCCUGGGUCAGUGCUGGGGAUACUCGAAGAAAUGAGUCAAGUUUAACCUAUACGUUGAUUUUAUAUGAGCUCUAAAAAUUAUAUAUUGCGAGGGGGCCGGGAAUCAUAGACGGUAGUGGUAAAUGAAAUGUAAAAAUUCUGGAAACAAAGUAAGCAACCGUUCGCGCCCCUUGUACUAGCAUAAGCAGAAUUAAACAUUUAAGUAUGAAAAUGGUUUAUUUUUAAUGCUACAGGGCGAAAUAAUGUGCAGACUCGGGCCCCGGGAUACCCGAAAAAACGUCCCGUUGAGAUACCGACGGUUAUCUGAUCGCUUGCAGAAAAAAAUUGUAUUUAUAAACAGUUUUCCAGUAGGAAUACUUGACCACCCAAAAGGAAAAAAGAUCAAAUUAAAAGAAACAGAAAACCAUACAAUGACAUAACGACCGUCGGCACAAAGAACACACGGGCGAGACAGUCUUUUACUCGAGGACACACUGCUUAUGCAACAUUGAAGGUUAUAUGAUAAAAAUCUUAUUUUCAUGGUGAAUAUUGAAUUAUGUUAAAGCCGGUGCUAAGGGACUUAAACGGUAGCUUGUCGUGCCCUACUAGGUUCCGUGCCGGUGGUUCUGUGUUGCAUUUUGUUUGUUAUCAUUCAAUUUCUUGUGUGAUCCUUAUUCUCAUAUUUACAUUUAUCACCAUCGCGAAUAAGUUCGAUCAAAUAUGAAAACGAAGAUCAACAAGGUAGAUCAAACAGCAAGAUCACUAAAAUUGGCCGCAAAAUUAACUAAAAUAGGUGAGGGCGGGGAUGAUGAGUUCAGAAAUUUGCAAGGGGAUGUGAAGAAGGAAAAUCAGCGAGGGUGGAGGGGCAAAAUGAAAGAGAAUACUAGUCGACAAAUGUCAAAGAUAAAUAGGAGCGCGGACACAGAAGUUAUAAUUUUUACCAAAAUAAGACAUGAAGAGAAGGAACAAUUUUGAGCACCGCCUUGGUCAUUUUAUUAACACUGUCUCGUUUGUAGGAACAUGUUUGGGCUAAGAGUGAGGUUUGGUGCACCAUUAACCGGUUUUAACUCCCCAGUAGUACUGACCGUUCCAAGGCGGCGCCCCUCUGUGUUCCUCAGAUAUAUGUCUUGUUAUUUCAAACUGUUCUGGUGACACUUUUGUUUGUGUCCCUUGGUGUUUUCUCGUCUACGGUAAGUAUCUUCCCUUUUGCCCCUAGUUUUGUUUCUUUGUUUCGCCCCUCCCCGAAUUUCGUAUCCCCCUUCCCUGUGCCCUGUUGCUUAGUGGGCCUAUUAAUCAACUAUUUAUUUUAUUUAUUUCCUUGUCGGUUACUUUAUUUCUAAUGUAACAUUUUAGUGAUAAGCCUGUCCGUGCUCUCCUUUGCGCCCUGUUCUGUUUUGAUGGGGUCCUCCUGGGCUCCUUGCCGCUAGUUCUUGUUGCUGGGUCGCGUGGGGUUGCGUUCAUUGAACGCCUUCUUUUCUUGUAUAUUUUGGAAUGUUCAAUAUCGUUUGUUUUUCUGGUCCUUCGGGAUCAUUGAUGCCAACACUAUUAAUUAAGUGUUGAGAAUUGAGUACCACUCAAGCCGGUGCUAGGGGGUAAGGGAUGUUGCACUUAAUCAUUAUCCCUCAUGUGCAGACUCAAUCAAACCGAGUCUGCAAUUCUUAUGUAAUUUUGUUGUGAUUAAUGCUUCCGAGGGGUCACUUUGUUUGCCGCCCCCUAAUUUUGCUGUUUCAUUUUUCUUUAGAUGUGGGUGGGACAAAAACCCAGAUUUUAUUCAAUU